AUGAGCAACCAGGGGGGUGGCAAGGGUGGAAAAUGGCAGCACCAGACGAAAACGUCCACCAUCGAAUCAGGCGAUGUGGGUGUAUUUGUGACCUGCGACAUGGGUAAAGAGAAGAAAUGUCUCAAUGAGGCCAUCGAUCUAUUCUCUCAGGCCCUCGAGGACACCUCCGCGCAGGAGGAUGAGCAAGACACCGAUGACGAGGACAUCGAGGCUCAGAUCCAACGAGAACUGGAGGGCUUGCAACCCAGCAAGGGGAAGCCUCGUCAAUUCCGUGCGAUUCAGUUAGAUAUGCCAUGCGUGACAUUCGUGCGUCUGGAUCCCUCAAUAGAGCCAGUGCAAUUGGUCCAUCGUCUGUGUAGCGAGGCCUACGCCAAUCCAGAAGUCAAGAAGAGCCGAUACAUUCAACGCAUGCAUCCCAUGACGAAGGUCCAGAAGACCCUGAGUGUGGAUUUAGCAGAGUUCGCAAAGGAAAUCCUGAAGCCUAUUUUCCACUCUGGUGGUCCCCCAAAGACGUACGCCAUCCGACCCUCGGUGCGCGGCAAUGCCAAGCUCAACCGCGAUAUCGUGAUCAAGACCGUGGCCGAUGCCGUCGGUCCUGAGCAUCCCGUGAAUUUGAAGGACUAUGACUACAUGAUUUUGGUUGACAUCGCCCACAAUGUGAUUGGCAUGAGUGUCGUGGGAAAGGAUUACGAUCAACUAAAACGGUUCAACUUGGCCGAAAUCUACAACCCCAGUCCCAAGGGCGGACCAACAACACCAUCCACUAAAAAGCCUAAGACUCAGUGA